UUGGGUACCCGGGUUGUAAAUUUGGACUCGUCCCAGCCCUAGUGGAGUGGAUUGUUGCUUGCUCAUGCUGUCAACCUCUGGUUGUCCGUCCAUGACUCACAUUUUUGCAGGCAGCCAUACAAAACAUUAUGCGAUGUAAACAAUCUCCCAGACGUCAAUACCUUGCUGCAGAGCUGCACUGUGUGUGAUGUGGCAUGAAGUGACAUAUUAAAGCAUUAAUUUAACACCAGCUUCAUAUAUAUACCUGCAAAAAAGUUAAGCUCAACCCUUUCUUGAUUUUCGUAUAACCCAAACUAUGGAAUUGUAGAAUAAUGUUGAAACAUCAAAACAUUUUGAAAAUAAUUCAAUAAUAUUUAUGCCAAUAAUACAUGAGCAGCAAUAACUUUGAGGUGAAAUACAAAAAUGUUCCAAAAUGAAUUAUUUGGCAAUGUAACCUUAAAAACACUAUCCAAAGUAAUGUCAUCAAUUGCUGCACAAGCAAUCUAAAUAAUUAAGUUAAUUUUUUUCAGGCAAGGCUUAAACAAUUAACUAAGCAAUGACAAAUAAUUCAUUAGACAAAAUGAAAACAUAUACAUGUAUAUCUAGCAUCAGAACAAAAAUACCUCGUUUUUGAUUAAUGAGUAGAGCCAAGUUGAUAAAUUUGAUCUUUGAUACUGUUUCUUUAUGAUCAGAGGUUUACUGUGAUAUAGUCAAGCAUGUUUAUGAACUCCCCAUAGAAUUUUGAUUCCCUUGCUUCUGUUGUCAAAACAAUGAAACACUUCCUGUUUCUGUUUCAAAAUUUGAUACCUUGAAAUGUUGAAAUAUUUUCUUAAUUUGAUCAUUAUCUGCAUAUAACAUUGAUCUGAUUAAAAGUUGGAACAUAUGCUUGUCGUUUAUUGAGUCAUAUCAUAUGAUGCAAGGUUGCAAAGGUAGCAGUUGAAGGGAUAGUCAAACAACUACUGCCAUGGAACAGAUACAAAACAUGUUAGUGGAUAAUCAAUUGUUGUUUCUGUAUUUCAAUACAGGCAUGUCACUUUGUACACAUAAUCAAUGUACCCGUGAAGAUCCGGGGUAGAAUAGGUCUUCAGCAACCAAUGCUUGUUGUAAAAGGCGAGCCAAUUGUAUCCCAAUUGCCUGGAUCGAUGCUCAUGAUGUCAAUCACUGGAUUGUCUGGUCCAGACUUCAUUAUUUACAGACCGCCGCCAUAUAGCUGGAAUAUCGAUGAGUGCGGCGUUAAACAACAAACAAACAGUCAUAACCAAUGUAUUUUGUCAGAAAAUUUAUACAAGAUAAGUUUUUUAUUAAAUGCAUAUUUCAUGUAGGAUUAUAUAUAGUUGGGUGCUUAGUUUUUUUCCAGGUGUAUACGUGUGCUGCUGACACACCAUAAAAUGAGAAUUUUACAAUUUUUCUCUCUAUGAUAUAUAUUUUUUUAUUUUGUUUUUGAGUAUUAAUAUUUGUUAUGUAAGAUGUUAAUGAUUUUUUUCAGCAAUUGUUUAUGUUGGAAAGCUUCCUCUGUAUGGUGUUUGGAUUGCUGUAUUGCUGUGAAUGUAACCUUGGUUUGACUAAUACAAUAACUUGAUGUUAAUCAUCUGCAUUACUGUAUGGCUUUGGUGCUCCUGGGUCAGAUAACAUGUUUAGAUGCAGUGUGCUGGUUUACUAUGAAUCAAACCAAACUUAUAUCUGUUAGGUUUUAUGAUCCCCUUAUGUUGUGUGCCAUCACUGUCAGGUUUAAUAAUUCCCUUAUGUUGUGUGUCAUCACUGUCAGGUUUAAUAAUUCCCUUAUGUUGUGUGUCAUCACUGUCAGGUUUAAUAAUUCCCUUAUGUUGUAUGCCUACACUGUCAGGUUUUAUAAUUCCCUUAUGUUGUGUGCCAUCACUGUCAGGUUUAAUGAUUCCCUUAUGUUGUAUGCCUACACUGUCAGGUUUAAUAAUUCCCUUAUGUUGGAUGCCAUCACUGUCAGGUUUAAUAAUUCCCUUAUGUUGUGUGCCAUCACUGUCAGGUUUAAUAAUUCCCUUAUGUUGUGUGCCAUCACUGUCAGGUUUAAUAAUUCCCUUAUGUUGUAUGCCUACACUGUCAGGUUUAAUAAUUCCCUUAUGUUGUGUGCCAUCACUGUCAGGUUUAAUAAUUCCCUUAUGUUGUGUGCCAUCACUGUCAGGUUUAAUAAUUCCCUUAUGUUGUAUGCCAUCACUGUCAGGUUUAAUAAUUCCCUUAUGUUGUAUGCCUACAUUGUCAGGUUUAAUAAUUCCCUUAUGUUGUAUGCCUACACUGUCAGGUUUAAUAAUUCCCUUAUGUUGUAUGCCUACACUGUCAGGUUUAAUAAUUCCCUUAUGUUGUAUGCCUACACUGUCAGGUUUAAUAAUUCCCUUAUGUUGUGUGCCAUCACUGUCAGGUUUAAUAAUUCCCUUAUGUUGUGUGCCAUCACUGUCAGGUUUAAUAAUUCCCUUAUGUUGUAUGCCAUCACUGUCAGGUUUAAUAAUUCCCUUAUGUUGUAUGCCUACACUGUCAGGUUUAAUAAUUCCCUUAUGUUGUAUGCCUACACUGUCAGGUUUAAUAAUUCCCUUAUGUUGUAUGCCUACACUGUCAGGUUUAAUAAUUCCCUUAUGUUGUAUGCCAUCACUGUCAGGUUUAAUGAUUCCCAUAUGUUGUGUGCCAAUGACUGUUGUCUAUUUAUUAAGUGUCUUAACAGCUGAAAGGAUGAGUUUUAGAGGAAAGAAUCUCAAGAUAAGAAAACAUUUGAAGAAUUUCCUUCUCCAAACUGCUAGAGCAGUAGCGUUUAAUAUGAAGGUGUGAAGAUCGCAAUGUGACUUGGAUGUGUUUGUGACAUAUAAAAUAUUGUUGUGUUACUGUGCUCAUGAUAUUGACCAUGGGUUUGUGUAAUUGGGCUGAUCAUGUGUCACCAUGGCCUGACUGUCUGGACCUUAACUCAUGCCAUCAACCACAGGUUUGCAUAACCCAGCCUUGAUUGUUUACAAGCUGUCUUGAUAUGACUAACAUACUGCUGACUGUUGCAUAAAACAACAUUCACAUGCUCACUUCAUGUCUGAUAUGUUAGUAAGAGUCAAAAUUAUUGAGCUACAUUAGGCUUAAAAAACCAGAAGAAUUGGUUCUCAAGCAAUGGUUUUUGAAAAUAUUGUACGGGUGGGCUUGCGGUGUCUUUUUUAUUCUUUUCGUUGUUCAAACUGGUAUGUAAGCAAACAAACAGUUGAGUAACCAAAUAAACAAUUGUGUACAAUCAACCCAGGAAAGGGCCUCUCUACAUAAAUGUAUUCCUUGAUCUGUAAAAUACUUGAAUACAGUAUUUAGCUACCAUUCGACUUGGAAUAAUUUGUGAUAUUUUUUAAUUUUUUUUAAAUGGAACCAAAAACAAAACAUGCAGCAAACUUUAUGAUGAUGCGGAUGGUGCCUGAGAACCAAGACUAUUAUUUUUUUUAGCCUUACAGUUCAGACUUCAAUUUGCCAAAGUUAAGAAAAAGAAAAUUAAAUAAUAUUCAUAUUAACAAAUAAAUAAAUUGACUCCAUCAAUGUAAUACUUUCUCUCUUACAUUUGUCAUCUUACCAUCUGCUGUAGCGUUGCAUCAUGAUACUUUGUGCCAGCAUAGCAGGAUCACAUAUAGGAAAAGGAUGUCGUAUGCUAUGAAAGUGUACUAUAAAGUACAAGUAUUCUAUUGGUAUGCUUUGACUUUGACAUUUUUAAACUAUUGUUAGGUUAAUCGAGUCAAGUAUUUAUAUGUCAUACAUAUAGUUACAGCCCUAAUAACUGAACUUCAGUACAUAAGUGGAAUAUGGUUUGUCUAGAUAUUUCAUUUUGUUA